CCGCUCCGGCCGAGCCCCGCGGCGCCCGGACCCGCGAGCGGGCCAGUCCGCAUGCUCCGCAGCCCGGCGCGCGGCGGACCCUCGGCGCUGGCGGCGCGCCCCGGGGCUGCAGUGGCGGCGGCCGCGGCACCUGGCGGAGCGCGGGCGCCCGAGUCCCCGCUCCAGGUCGCCACCUGGGCCGGCGCCGAGCGGGCUCCGGGCUCUCCAUGCUGCCGGCCUUGGGGCUGCGGAGCCCGCCCCACGGCUCCCGCGAUGGCGGCGGCGGAGGAGGCUGCGGCGAGAGGUAAAGUAUUGAUAGAAGACAACUGGUUCAUUGCUCCAAUGGUUUCCAAUCAUAUGAGCAUAUGGGCAAAAUCAACAGCUGUUGGAUCCUUCAGCCCACACGUGACAGAGUUUCCAAGAAAACGAAAAGAAAAUGAUUUGGAUCUGUCCCAAAUGGAAGAUGGUGAACAAGUAAAAAUGAAGUCCUUCGGGGGCGUUGAACUCGAAGCUCACAGCCAAACCGAAAAGCGGAGGAGAGAUAAAAUGAACAGCCUGAUUGAAGAACUGUCGGCAAUGAUCCCCCAGUGCAAGCCCAUGGCACGGAAGCUGGACAAACUGACCGUUUUAAGAAUGGCCGUGCAGCACCUGAAGUCUCUAAAAGGUAUGAGAAAUUCUUAUGCAGGAGAUAUUUAUCGACCUUCAUUUAUUCAGGAUAAUGAGCUCAGACACCUAGUCCUUAAGACUGCAGAAGGCUUCCUGUUUGUGGUUGGAUGUGAAAGAGGAAAAAUUCUCUUCGUUUCUAAGUCAGUCUCCAAAAUACUUAAUUAUGAUCAGGCUAGUUUGACUGGACAGAGCUUAUUUGACUUCUUACAUCCAAAAGAUGUUGCCAAAGUAAAGGAACAGCUGUCUUCUGACAUUUCACCAAGAGAGAAGUUAAUAGAUGUUAAAACGGGUUUGCAAGUUCCCAGUAAUUUCCAUGGCGGAAGGACUCGAGUGUGCUCUGGCUCCAGACGGUCCUUUUUCUGUCGGAUGAAGAGUUGUAAAGUCUCUGUCAAAGAAGAGCACGACUGCUCACCCGAUGCAACGAAGAAAGAUCAUAGGAAAUUCUGCACUGUCCACUGCACUGGUUACUUGAGAAGCUGGUCUACAAAUACUAUUGGAAUGGAAGAAGAAAGGAACAGUAAGGAAGACAGCAAUUUCACCUGCCUUGUUGCCAUUGGGAGAUUAUAUCCAAAUACUGUCCCACAGAACAGUGGAGAGGUUAAAGUGAAACCAACUGAAUUUAUAACCCGUUUUGCAAUGAAUGGAAAAUUUGUCUAUGUGGACCAAAGGGCAACAGCAAUUUUAGGAUAUCUGCCUCAGGAACUUUUGGGAACUUCUUGUUAUGAAUAUUUUCAUCAAGAUGACCAUAGUAAAUUGACUAACAAGCACAAAGCAGUUCUACAGAGUAAAGAGAAAAUAUUUACAGAUUCAUACAAAUUCAGAGCAAAAGAUGGCUCGUUUGUAACUUUAAACAGCCAAUGGUUUAGUUUCACAAAUCCUUGGACCAAAGAACUGGAAUAUAUUGUGUCUGUCAACACUUUAGUUUUGGGACACAGCGAGACUGGAGGAGCAUCGUCACUUCCUUACAGCUCUCAAUCAUUGGAAGAGUCCUGUGUCAGUGUGCCUGGAUUGUGCACCGGCACAGUGCUUGGUGCUGGCAGUAUCGGCACAGAUAUUGCAAAUGAAGCUCUGGAUUUACAAAGGUUACAGUCUUCUUCAUCCUUGGGUGAUUCAAGUCCAACAGAUUUAAUGAAAGAUACUCACACUAUAAACUGCAGGAAUAUGUCAAAUGAAGAGUUGAUUCCACUAAAUCUGUCUGAAAUAGGGGAGCUAGAAGCCACAAGGCAAAACCACAGCACUGUUGCUCCCCACAGUCAUGAACCACUCCUAGGCGGUGGUGCCCAGCUGGAUUUUGAUACCCUGUGGGACAAUGACGACACAGCCAUAGCUGCCUUUAUGAAUUACUUAGAAGUACAGGGGGGCCUGGGAGAACCCGAUGACUUCAGCGACAUCCCCUGGACCCUUUAGCAUUUGACUUUUAACUCCAAAAAUGGGAAAUGUUCUACAGCAUUUCCUUUACGAAAAAACUGUAUGUUCUUCUGUACUGUAUCGAUACUCUUUUUAUUCUUUAUUCUUAUGAAGGUUCUACCAAUUUUUAUAUAUUUGCACCUAUUUCACAGGUGUCUGGGGAAAUGUGAUGUUUUUCUUCAAAUAGAACUGCUCGGAAUUUCCUACAGACGCCUUUACUCAGCCAACUGGUUUUAAACCCACUAGCUGCUAUUUUUUGCUAAAAUAUUUCUGACUAAGAGUAUCACAUACAUCUUGCUUUGGUUUUGUUUUUAUUUUUUUGAUGCAGUUUUUUUGAGUUUGAGAAUUUAAUAUGUUGGCAUGGGGGGGGUGUCUUAGAUUCAUUUAAUUGACUUAUAAUAGUAGAUUUGUAUAAUUUGGAACAUUUCCAUUUCUUGUAUAUUUCCUUAAUUGAGGACAGGGCUUAUGUAUUUUUUAAGAAAACUGAGUACUUGAACAUUUAAAGGGACAAUGCAAUUGAUAGUCAUGAUCACAGUGACUACUAUGUUUAGUGUUUGUAGACUUGGACAAGCACAGAGCCAGGAUAUUAAUGCCCAGUUGAGCACUUUGAGGUGGAUGUUAAAUGAGAUGAUUUUUAUUUAAAACUCAGAAAAAGAAAAGUUGAGACACUUUCAACUUUGCUUACAGAACAGGAAAGAUUCUGGGCCCCAGAUGUUGGUGAUUAAUUUUUGCAUAUUUAAUCUUAAUGUAACCACUCAAGAUAUACAGAUAGAACAGGUUUUCUAUGUUGAAAUGGUAUGUAGUAACUGAUUAUCUUAGAGGAAGGAACAGGCCCAGGCAGAUUAAAUGUUUUGUGUAAACACAAUUAAAUUUAUGUAUUUUUUAAUGUGUGCUGUGUAUAAACCAGUUUCUUUUUACAUACUUGGGAAAGCAGUGGGCUCACUGGUUAAAUGAUUAAUUAACUGAUCCCAAGAACUAGUCGUGGCCUUAAAGAUUAUUAAGCAGUUAGAGUUACUAUUGCAUGUAACCGAAGGCAGUUAUAUACAUGGUAAUUACCUGAAAACUAUGAGGCAAUGAGAAAGAAUUUAAAAACCAAUUUUCUAGCUAUAAUUAAAAAUUUGGAGAGCAUUAAUCCAGAGGUGGCUCAAAUCGAGUGCAAGAAUUAAGAAUAUUUAAAGCACUAUAGGUACAUCUACCAUUUUGAAGAUCACAUUUCUCUAUCACCUUACAUUUUAAGAGCUCUUUCUAGUUUACCAAGUAAGUUCCCAUAUAUUGUCCCUUGUGCCCCACACAUGAAAGUAAGAUAGGCUGGGAACCUGGUGGGGAAACCCUGAGGCUCAGGUGUGGGGUUCAAGUCCAGUUUUCUUUCUCUAGAUGGUUCUAACCCUUUCCAGCUGGCUGCUCUGCGCCUCUCACCAUAACAAAGCAUCAUUUUGAUCUGGCCCAUUUCUUUCGCUGUGAGUACUAGAUUGAACUUUUGUCAGGUGUGCCAAUGGCAAACAUACCGACAGGCAUUAACCAAAAGCAGAUGUUCCCUUCAAGCGCGAUGACUGCAGUGGCUCUGUGGACAAGGGCGUAUUGGUACGUUAUCCUCUUGACCUGACCCAAUGCUCCAGACGUGUCAAAGGGUUGGCACCACUCCUGGACUUGAGACAGCCAGGUUUAGAAUAAGCCCAAGAAACCCUAUGAGAUGGGGGGAGAUUGGUUUGAAGCAGCCCAAGCACGAUUUGUUAAGUCUGAGGAAGCAUGAACGAUUACAUCUGUUCUCUUAAGUUGUGCAGAUGGACUUGCCUUACAAACUUAACACUUUAGCCAUCUGAACUCAGGCAGGUUAGCCUUGGCCUGCAGAGUUGGCCUAAGCCAGAGGUUGCAGGAUAGGUCAUUGUGGCUGGAUGGCCUCAAAAGCAGAUGGGACAAACCAUGAUGCAAGGAUCUGAGAGGCAGAGUUUCUAGAGGACUUAUUCCAUAGACCAGUUGGCAGAUAGCCAGUUGGAUGCUUUGAUCCUUUAAUAACCCACUCUGAUGUUUUCCUGUAGAUCUUCUUGCCCUGGACCCAGAAUCCAACCCACAUGUAUGAUACUAUAUAGCUCUCUCAAGUUUAGUGGGUUUUUUUUCAAAACCCAUUCUGUUUGCAUUUGAUUGCUAUUACGAGUGGCAGAUGUUUAUAUGUCUUACUCAAUAUUUCUUUGUCUCCUACCAAUUUCUUGAAUCUUGGUUGAAAAUCUCUAUACAUUGGAUGAAAGCAAUGUAUUGUGUGUGUGUGUGUGUGUGUGUGUGUCCCCCUCCUAAGAAUUACCUACAGUGAAGUAGUGAGGGGGGGAGUGCCUAGAGUCAGAAGAGCCCACUCAGCCUAAAUUUAGCUAUGUGACUGCAAGUAAGCCAUUUAAACCCUCUGUACCUCAGUUUCCUCGUUUGUGACAAGAGAUUUGAUCUCCGAGUUUACUUCCAGUUCUGAUUCUGAGAUUCUGAUCCUUAGGACUUGAGCAUUAGGGUCAGACUUAGAACUGUGUGGUCCCGUGUGAUAGGCACCAGCUACAUGUGGCUCCUGAGCACUUUAAAUGUAGAUUUCAAUUGAGAUGGGCUGUAAAUGUAAAUUUCAUAGCAUACUUCAAACAGCAUAAAAAGAAAUAUAAAAUAUAUUAACAAUUUUAUAUGGAUUCCAUGUUCAAAUCAUAUUUUGGAUAUACUGAAUUUAAUAAAACAUUAAAUUUUUACUUUUGACUUUUCUAAUGUGGCUAUUAGAAAAUUUUAAAUUUCACAUGUGCCACACAUUAUAUUUCUAUUGGAUGGCUCUGCUCUAUAACAUUUUAUUAAGUGAAUAUUAUUGAAAUAGACCAAAGGUUAUACCAUGAAUAUGAUUAUUUACCUCUAAAUGCUGUGGUUU